AAUCGACUCAGCCAGCCCAGCAUGGCCAGGCCAGAAGGGUCUCCCCUGAAAUUUCACGGCCAUGUCGAAACCGAAGCCGGAGAUGUCAAUGCCGCCGCCGCGACCAGCGGCCUGCCGCCGAUCUCUCGCGGUGGGCGGGCUGGGUCUGGCAGCCGCGGCGUACGUGGGCGUAGACCACCUCAGCCACAUGUCUCCCUCGUUGCAUGGUUGGCUGCAGCCGGCGCUCUGGGCGACGCUGGCGCUCGCCACCGCCGCGCGAGCGCCCUUCUACCGCCGGUGGGACGCUGAGAUCCGCGCCGCCCCGAAGUUCCUCGCCGCCAUGAUCUUCAUGCUCGCCGCCCUCCUCUGCGAGGCCGUCUCUGUUCGAUUCGUCUCCGCCGUGCUCGGCCUCCAGUGGCACAGAUCUACUGCUCCUCUUCCGGAUACUGGUCAGUGGUUGCUUCUAGCACUGAAUGAGAGGCUUCCUCAAGCUGUGGUUGGUCUAUUGAGAGCUCGCAUUAUCACUUUACAUCAUUAUUUGAUGUUGUUUAUCAUGUUGGGAUUCUCCGCACUUUUUGACUGCAUCAAAGGUCCUGGGCUUGGAAUAGCCACAAGGUACAUGUUCACUAUGGCAGUUGGACGUUUUCUGCGGACCAUAACAUUCCUUGCUACGAUUCUCCCAUCCCCAAGGCCUUGGUGUGCUGAAUCCCGGUAUCGAAUACCUGAGCAUCCUCAUGCUUGGGCACAGAAGUACUAUGCUCCAUAUGCUUCUGAUCCACGUGCGAUCCGCAGGGUCAUACUGUCGGAUAUGCCAUAUGCCACUGUUCAAGAUUAUACUGUUGAGUAUAGACCUGAAUGGGGACAUAUGAGCUUCCUAAUAGACAUUUUGAGGCCAACCGCUGGAGACGGACCUUCAUGGUAUCAUUUGCUGAAGAAAGCCAGUGGUGGUUGCAGUGAUCUUAUGUAUAGUGGGCACGUUCUUGUUGCUGUCCUGACUGCUAUGGCAUGGACGGAAGCGUACGGGGGCUGGAUAUCUGUUCUGAUAUGGUUCCUAGUCCUGCACAGUGCCCAGAGGGAGAUACGAGAGCGCCACCAUUAUAGCGUCGACUGCAUUGUAGCAAUCUAUGUUGGAAUCCUCUUGUGGAGGAUGACUGGGUUCAUCUGUUCCACGUGGGAUUCAGACCGGGCCAGAAGACUUGCCAAACUUGACGAGAUACAGAACAAGUUAUUUCGUGCUGCAAAAGACUCAGACAUUGAUGAAAUAAGGGGCUUGCUAAAUGAAGUUGAGCUGGCUGGACAAGCAAAGAAAGCUUUCUCGCGGCGCGUAAUCUUGUCUUUUGCUGCAUCUAUGAUUAUAUUCACCCUCUUGUUUGUUCUCCUCACAUUCACGCUAGCCAGUGACGGAUGAUUGCUUGGCAUUCUGCAAUUUUCCACCAUUUGGUAAGGAGGAUAUUUUAGACGAUCCUGAUCUUCUUGUUGACGUUUAUGUUGGUCGAGAACUUGUGAACUCAGAUUAAAAAAAUAUCAGUAGUAGUUUCUAGCAGGGAACAUGUUUGUCAAUAAAUGCAGGUGUUGGUGGUAAA